CGACUUGGCAAGAACCCUAGUCGCUUGUCAGCCCUAAUUUGGGGAGUGCGCGGUUUUAGGAGAAAGCAUUUUCCUUCAAGAACUAGCCCGGUUGGUUGGUCGGCACGUCGAGGUUUGAAUAUAACUCGGCGAGUUCAUAACAGUGUAAGCUCUUUUUUGGACACUUACUAGUGAAUAGUGAUAGAAACCAGACAGUAGAAACUGGAAAGAGGGAAGAAAAAAAGUGAGAUGGAUUAAGGUUUAAGAAGGGUUUAUGGCGGCAGCCGGCAGCCACUCUCUCUGUCCAUCUCCGAUGUAAUGAAUUGGAGUCUCGUAAGGUUUAACUUGAAGUCACUUGCUCCAAUCUAUAUAUCAUCUUCAUUUUUCUCAUUCUUGAGCUCUACUCAUUUUCUUCGGAAAAUUGUAAAAUUUGAUGUCAAGUAAUGCAACUUUGAUUUCCUCUACGAAUCUAAGCAACAAGUUCGUUUACUUGAUUCAAGUCGAUAAGGCCACAUUUUGCCCCCCAAACUCAUCAAGGAUAAGCACAGCGAUGUGGAGACAUAUAGCAAGACGAGCUUCUUUAACGAAGGUUAGGCUUUCCCGCGACUCCUCUUCUAUCUUACGCACUUUUGGUUUUAUGGGUUUCUCUCAAGACUCGAUAUUGAACGAUACAACCAGACCAUUUGAGCUCAAAAGCAGCAUGAGUUUUCGGUUUUCUGAAAGGAGUUUUCUCCGAAAUGGGGAGUUACCAUCCAAAGAAGAUGAAUUGGGAAGGCCCAUUUUGGGGUGUUUUAGGAACCCAAUCAGUCCUCCCAGGUUAUCGAAUCAUCCGAAGGGUUAUGCCAGUGUUGCCGAGGCUGUAUGCUCAAUGGAUGCGGAGGAGGAUUUGUCUGCCAUCGACGAAAUUCAGGAAUUAUUGGAGGAGAUGGGCAAAGAAGAGAAGAAAGAACUUGAACUCAGGGAUCAGAAGCAGAUAAAAUUGGUUGGAGGAAUGGGACAAGGGAAGUACCUAUUGCUUCGGAGGAGGCAAGUGAAGAUUGAGACAGAGGCAUGGGAGCAGGCUGCCAAGGAGUACAGGGAGCUUCUCAUGGACAUGUGUGAGCAGAAGCUAGCGCCCAAUUUGCCUUACAUGAAGUCUUUAUUCCUUGGUUGGUUUGAGCCCUUACGUGAUUGCAUUGUAGCAGAGCAGGAAUUAUGUAGGAAGGGAAAGAACAGAACUGCUUAUGCUCCAUAUUUUGAUCAGUUGCCGGCAGAAAUGAUGUCGGUUAUUACAAUGCAUAAAUUGAUGGGGUUGCUGAUGACCGGAGGUGAACAUGGCAGUUGCAGGGUGGUCCAAGCUGCUUGCCAGAUCGGUGAAGCUAUUGAGAAUGAGGUUAGAAUACACAAGUUUUUGGAAAAGACAAGGAAAAAGACUGAUAAGGAUAAGAAAGCUGAUGGCGGUGAAUCUGAUCCUGUAAUCAAAGAACAACAAAGAUUAAGGAAAAAAGUUACUGAUUUGAUGAAAAAACAAAAGCUGCAGCAAGUCAGACAGAUAGUGAAGGGCCAGGAUGAUUCAAAGCCAUGGGGCCAGGAUGCUCAGGCUAAGGUUGGGAGCCGUCUUAUUGAAUUAUUGAUGCAAACGGCCUAUAUACAACCUCCAGUUGAUCAGUUGGCAGAUGGUCCACCAGAUAUUCGACCUGCUUUUAGACACUCCCUUAAAACUGUUACUAAAGAAGCACAGAAAACUAGCAGAAGAUAUGGGGUUAUUGAAUGUGAUCCCUUAGUUCGCAAAGGGCUAGAGAGAACUGCAAGGCACAUGGUGAUCCCUUAUAUGCCAAUGUUGGUUCCUCCAGUCAACUGGACAGGAUAUGAUAAAGGUGCAUACCUGUUCCUACCAUCUUAUGUCAUGCGAACACAUGGAGCAAGACAACAGCGAGAAGCAGUUAAGAGGGCUCCCAGGAAGCAAUUAGAACCAGUUUUUGAGGCCCUUGAUACACUCGGCAAUACCAAGUGGAGGGUUAAUAAAAGGGUUCUCAGUGUUGUAGACCGAAUAUGGGCCAGUGGCGGUCGUCUUGCAGAUUUGGUUGAUCGUGAAGAUGUUCCUAUUCCAGAAGAACCUGAUACAGAAGAUGAAGCAGAGAUCAAGAAAUGGAAAUGGAAAGUUAAAGCUGCUAAGAAGGAGAACAGUGAGAGGCAUUCACAACGAUGUGACAUAGAACUUAAACUCGCUGUAGCUAGGAGAAUGAAGGAUGAGGAUGGCUUCUUCUACCCACACAACCUUGACUUCCGAGGUCGUGCAUAUCCCAUGCACCCAUAUUUAAACCAUCUUGGUUCAGACCUGUGCCGGGGAAUCUUGGAGUUUGCAGAAGGGCGUCCUCUCGGAAAGUCUGGCUUGCAGUGGCUGAAGAUACAUUUGGCAAAUUUAUAUGCUGGUGGUGUGGACAAGUUAUCCUAUGAGGGUCGAAUAGCAUUUACUGAGAAUCACUUGGAUGAUAUAUUUGAUUCUGCAGACAGACCACUUGAAGGUAGGCGCUGGUGGCUAAAUGCAGAAGAUCCAUUUCAGUGCUUGGCAGCAUGCAUCAAUCUCUCCGAGGCAUUAAGAAGCUCUUCACCAGAGACUACCAUCUCCCAUAUGCCUGUUCACCAGGAUGGAUCAUGUAAUGGCUUACAACACUAUGCUGCCCUUGGAAGAGACAAGUUGGGAGCAGCUGCCGUGAACCUGGUUGCCGGAGAGAAACCUGCAGAUGUUUACUCAGGAAUAGCUGCUAGAGUUCUUGAUAUCAUGCGAAGAGAUGCAGAGAAGGAUCCAGAAACUCAUCCAAAUGCAAUGCAUGCUAGGAUUUUAAUUAAUCAGGUGGAUAGGAAAUUGGUGAAGCAGACAGUGAUGACAUCUGUCUAUGGUGUCACAUAUAUUGGAGCCCGUGACCAAAUCAAGAGGAGGUUGAAGGAACGUAAUGUCAUUGCAGAUGAUUCGGAGCUGUUUGGUGCAUCUUGUUAUGCAGCAAAAACCACCUUAACUGCAUUAGGCGAGAUGUUCGAAGCUGCACGUAGUAUCAUGAGCUGGCUUGGUGAUUGUGCAAAGAUAAUUGCUUCAGAAAAUCAGCCAGUGCGGUGGACUACUCCUCUUGGGCUUCCUGUUGUGCAACCCUACCGCAAACUAGGAAGGCACCUCAUUAAAACUUCCCUUCAGGUUUUGACACUACAACGAGAAACUGACAAGGUCAUGGUCAAGCGGCAGAGGACUGCCUUUCCACCCAACUUUGUUCACUCUCUUGAUGGUUCCCAUAUGAUGAUGACUGCAGUUGCUUGUAGGAAAGCAGGCUUGAACUUUGCAGGAGUCCAUGAUUCAUAUUGGACACACGCAUGUGAUAUUGACGAAAUGAACAAAAUACUCCGAGAAAAGUUUGUUGAACUCUAUGAGAAGCCAAUACUAGAGAAUUUGUUGGAGAGCUUUCAACAGUCCUUCCCAACAUUAAAUUUCCCUCCUUUGCCAGAGCGUGGAGAUUUUGAUUUACGGGAAGUUCUGGACUCGCCGUAUUUCUUCAACUGAUCUGCGGCUCAGUGCUUCUCUUAUUCAUGCUCCUGUAUUAGUAUUCACUACCUUUUCUAUUAAAUUGCAAGGAAAUGAAAGCUUUUUUUGUAUUCUUUUCAUUCAUGGAUUGACAAAGUACAAGGUGAGUCUGGAAGUAGGUUGCAUUGCCUACAAUACCAUCGAGGCAUUCAGCUCUAUUCAUGUGAAUAUCUCAAAUCAAGUUGCCUUCAAACAUUAAAGUGACCGACCAGGUUCCACUCUGUAGUUGAACCAGCUUUGACAACACUGGUCUUCGGGGAUGAUGACAGAUUAUCAUAGAAGAACAACAGAAGACACCGUGUGGGGGAAGGAAGCUUUCCAAAACUGACUUACUAGCAAGAUGUUAGAAGUAGUACAUGAACUGGUUAGAGAAUGAAUAAGAUGGCAGUGAUACGCAGCAGGAUUAGCUGAAUAAACAGACCCUACAGUUGGUAUAUGCAUGAAGCAAGUUGUCCUUGACAAAGCUCCGAUGGGUGUAAAGCAAGAACAAGGUAAAGCUGCGGAUAUCAGUGAUGAAUGCCAUGUGACAAUGCUCUAAGCAGAUGAUCUAAUUGAAACAGACUGAAGAAGGUAUUCCAAUUUCCAACUUCUAGCGCACUACACUGCAGGAUAAUCAUUGACCUUUAAAUGUGUAAAGAGAGCAGAUCCCAUUGAAGGUUGUUUAGAAACUCCAUUGGCCUGAUCUGUGUGGUUUGUAUGUGUCCGUUGUGGUAUUCAAUAUUUUUCAGUCUCUGUAUCAAUAUCUUGAGACUUGUAUAUGCGCAGAGCAUACCUGUAUCUUGCUUUAUUCUUUGUUUGAACAAUACAAAAGUGAAAAUGAUAUAAGUUGCCAUAUUGGCGAAUUUGAGAAAUAAUCACGAGUUGCAUGACA